GAACUUGACCUCGAUGGCGUGUCAAAGCCAUGUGAACAAGAACAUCUUCUCGAUCGCCGUUGACAUUCCAGAAAACAACGACAAUGCUGUACAAGUGCUCAAUUUGCAUGGGAACUGCAUUCGCACGAUGGACGGACUACAACGUUUCGUCAACCUCAAGGAGCUCUCUCUGUCGUCUAACUGGAUCGAGUCUCCAUCCUUUGCGGCGUUGCGUGGGUUGGUCCAUCUAUGCGUGCUAAACCUGUCAGCGAAUCGCAUCACAACCACACUUGGGUUUCCCGUUUUGCCGGCGUUGCGAGAACUGUCCCUUGCUUACAACAGUCUCUCUGCGCUGGACGGCUUUAUCGAUCCGCUAAAGUUUCCAUCUUUGGAAAUCUUGGACCUCCGUGACAACCAGAUCGCCGACUUGUCUGCGCUGUCUCCUGUAUUUUAUUUGCAGACAAUGCGCGUGUUGCGCCUUCAAACCAUUACAAAAGGCCAGUCAAAUCCCGUGUGCGCAACGCCAGGGUACCCUGGGAUGCUCUUGGACAGAAUCUCGACCCUGGAAACUCUCGAUGGCGAAGAUGUGACCGUCUUACGAGAAAUUGCAGCGCUCGCUAUGCCCAAGUACUCCAGCGUCGCCAAGCUAUAUCGACAAACCCCGCUCAAAUCGAUUGUCGAGGACCCAGCGCAGCACGAGGCGGCAUCAUCCAUCACUAGCGGACGUGAGUGGUCUGUCUUGGAUGCUCGUCUGCGCCUGCUCGAGUCGCAACACGAGCGGCACCAGACCCGGGACGACGUGUCGUUCAUGGAUGAAAUCGAUUCGGAGAUCCAUCAAGCCACGUCCAACCUUCGAAACAUGCACCGACAAUCCCUCGAGCAACGACGACCGCCCAUCUCCGGCAUUGCUGAGACAAAGAAACGGCGAGGGCAUCAAGGACCCUCCCAACUACAAGAAGAAAGUGAAUACGACGACGAAGAGGCCGAAGAGACCUUCGCCGUGCCAUCGCAAGCAAAGGACGCGGUGUGCCAGGUUGAUAUGCAUGCCAUGGCCGACGCGGCAACUCAAUGUGACGUGUACACCACGAAUCGAGGCGUGCAGUGCAUCUCGGACGACUCGACGGAACAGACACUUCGAACCAACCUCCAAGAGGCCGUGGACAGAGCCAAGCGAGCUGAAACGCGGGCGGUCCAGCUCACGGCCGAGAAAUCCGCCUCUUCCCUCGACCACGACGCGAUGGCCAAGGAACUGAAGGAGGUACAAGGAGCGGUCGCCCUGCUAAAGCAACUAGCAGCAACAGAUCGGGAGAAGCUGACAGCGAAAGUUGACGAGUGCGACGAAGCCAAGGCGGCCCUCGCAGAGUCCAUGCGCCGGGUGGAGUCUCUGCAAGUGCAGAUCCGUAACAACGACGACAAGUGGAAGAGGCAAAUCUCAACUCUGGAGUUGGCAUUAAAAGAAGCCAAGGACGAAGCCGACUCUCGAGUGCGCGAGGUGGCGACGGCUGCACAAGCCAAACAGGACGAGAGCACAUCUCAAAUUCGACAACUGAAGGCCGACAUGCAGGAACUCAAAUACACGCUUGAAGACGCGUAUGCAAAAUACGCUGCUAAAGAAAAAGAGGUGUCGAGCCUACGCCAUGAAGCAUUUUUGAAAGGGUCCGAAUUGGAUAAAGUCGUGCAUCGGCACCAGGAGGAGCUCAGUCGCCGCGAAAAGGAGUGGAAGGUGCAAGAAGUGCUUGUCCAGCGGCAGUUCCGCAUGUCCUUGCACGAAGUGGAGAUGGAGUUUCGACUGAAACAAUCCGAGUCCAUCUUGAAACUCAAGCAACUCACCCAAGCGUAUCAAGGCGCGGUGGCGGAAGCUAAGCAAUCGGAGGCCAAGAAUCGAGCGAUCCUUCAGUCCGAAGCCUCGUUGAAAGGUCGUGUGUCGGAGCUCACGUCGCAGCUGCAAGGGGUCGACAAGAAGCUUGCUCAAAUUGAAGAGUCCUGUCAGCACAGCAUUCGAGAGCACCAGGCGACGAUUGAAGAAUUGGAGGAGGCCCUAGAUGCUGCCCGAACUCACACGACGGCGCUAGAGACCGAGCUGCACCAAGCGAGAGAUGUGGCCAAGGCAGUGGAGGACCUCCAACGACAGCUGAGUGAAGCGACCGCAACGCUCCAAGUGAAAAAUAUCAUGCUGGAUGACCAGGCACAGCAAAUCAUGGCACUUCGAAGGGAUAAUGACGCCCAUCGACGUGACCACGAAGACCUCCAAGAGCAGAUACGCGACUUGGAACAAGCGCUAGACGAAAGCCUUGUCCGGCAGCACGAUAUGGAGAGAGACAUACAUCGGGUGCAAGCCAACGCAGACAAAUUGGAUCAGUGGGAGGCGCUUCAAGACGAACUCGACGCCAAGGUUCACGCGCUCGAGUACAUUGAGAAGGAGAUGCAUAGCAUGCGGAAAACCAUCACGAAGCAAGACGAAAUCGCCCGCGAGCGCCUGGAAGCACUGCAAGACGAGCACGAAGUAGCAAUCAAAGCGGCCCAAGCAACCGCCCAAGCCCAUAAGCAUGAAGCCAGUCAAUGGGAAGCCAAAUGCGGGGCGAUGGAGGCUCGGUAUCGGACGCUGCAUGACCAGAACCGACAGCUCCACCGAAGCAUCCGUGACCACGAGUUGCGAGUCCAAACCACGGAAAACGAAAUGAAGGUGUUGCUGCAACAGAUGGAGAAAGAGCGGCAAGCCAAGCGGCAGCACAUGAAGCAGGUGAGCCACCUCCUUCACCAGCUCGACUCUGGUGAGGCCGCCGUGACGCCGUGAGCAAUAUUUUCGUGAUGUAGAAUUCGAUUAAUAUGGUUACUCGGUGUCGCUGGCGUGGUUGCUA